AUGUCGAGUGAAAGUCCCGAACCACCCGUCCAUUGGUCCGUCGUCCUCUUCCCGGGCUUCCAAGCCCUCGACGUCUUUGGACCCCUCGAUAUCCUCAACCUAGUAGCCCGCUACAAAAAGAUCGAACUAUCAAUCAUCGCCGCCACACUUGACCCCGUCUCAACUGACGUUGCGGCAGUCUUCCCGGACAAACAGGACGUCUGGAACCCCGCUGGAUCCAAAAUUGGGCAGUCAGUUGUGCCGACGCAUACCUUUGAUAAUCCACCAGCGAAAAUCGAAGUUUUACUUGUACCCGGUGGUAGCGGUACCCGCAGUGAAGCAUCGGCUGUACCUGUCAUUGAGUUUAUCGCGAAGGUAUAUCCAUCUCUCCGCUACUUGCUUACCGUAUGUACGGGCUCAGGUCUUGCCGCUCGUGCCGGUGUGUUGGAUGGUAAGCGAGCGACGAGUAACAAGCGUGCUUGGAAUGAGGUGAUUGCAUUGCGCGAUGAGCCUACCUGGAUUCGACGCGCUCGCUGGGUUGCCGAGGGAAAUAUUUGGAGCUCCUCGGGUAUUAGUGCGGGUAUGGAUAUGAUGUUUGCAUAUGUUGAGUAUAUUUGGGGAAAGGAGUUUGCAACUGUGGUGUCUAAGAGGAUGGAGUAUGUCCGGAAUGAGGACUGGGAUAAUGACCCGUUUGCUUAA